GUCCAAUUAAAAAAUGUCUGAGCCAAACAUGACUUGCAAAUGAGAAUCUCUUCAAUUCAAUCUCUCACCUUAUAUGGAGUAUAUUUAAAUAAACGUUCUUGAUAAUCAUCUUUAUCAAUACAGAUUACCAAAUCUUCUUUAUGUUUGUAACUUUUGUACCUUUAGCUCUGUUAGUUAAUUAUACUAAUAAAAAUAUUAUUAGUAUAAUUAAGCUUCUCUGCUGUAUCCAUCUGUAAUCUGAUCUGUGUGGAUUGUGGGGUGUCAGGACAGCCAUGGUUGGUGGUUUUGGUUGUAUACUAGCCAAAGUGCUAAUUCUGCUCCUCUUCUUCUUCAACCAUGGAUUAGUGCAGGGGAAGAACCCCAAAGUGGGAGCCACCAAGAGCUGUGAUCUGUUCCAAGGAAGUUGGGUUUUGGAUGAAUCUCCUAAUCUUAAUCCCUACAAUUCAUCACAGUGCUCCUUCAUAGAGAAGCAGUUUGAUUGUGAGAAGAAUGGAAGAGCUGAUGAUGAUUAUCUCAAGUAUAGAUGGCAGCCUAAGCACUGCGCUCUUCCCAGGUUUGAUGCGAGAAGUUUUUUGUUAAAGAUGAAGAACAAGAAAAUGAUGUUUAUUGGAGAUUCACUGAGUCUCAAUCAAUGGCAGUCCCUCACAUGUUUACUUCAUGUAGGAGAGCCAAAUGCCAAGUAUACUUUACAGAGAUUUGGACCUGUUUCUAAUUUCUCAUUCCCGGCGUACAAUGUUUCUAUCUUUCUCUUUCGAGCUGCUUUUCUUGUUGAUCUUGUUAGACAAGAUGAUGACAUACGGGUAUUGAAGCUAAACUCCAUCAGCAAUGGCACUCAAUGGAAAGAAAUGGAUGUGCUCAUCUUUGAUUCAUGGCAUUGGUGGCUCCACACUGGCAGAAAACAAAAUUGGGAUAUUGUUGAGGAUGGAAAUGUCACCUAUGCAGAUGGAGAUAGAAUGAAAAUGUAUGAGAAAGCACUUCUCACAUGGGCAACCUGGGUUGAAGAUGAACUAAACACUACAAAAACCAAAGUAUUCUUUCAAGGGGUUUCCCCUGAUCAUGACCGUGUGCGAACCUCGAAGUCUGGAAAUUGUACAGGGGUGACACAACCAACAAGAGUACCAGAAAAACCCCAUCCAGGAGAAUUGGUGUUGGAGAAAGUUUUUGACUUAAAAUGCCAAAAACGAAAACGCUGGGAUCUGGAGCGUUUAAGUUUAGCGGCUCAGAAUGAAUAAUCGAUUCCCAUCCGCACCCUUCACUCUUCUGUAUUCUGGGCAGCAAACGACCUUUCAUGCGCAACAGCAACCUUCCUCUGAAGACCUUCCGCAGACCUUCCUUGAAGGACAAACAAACACAGAAUUGUUGGUGGUCGUACGAUGAUGGAUGGAAGUCAGGGCGGCGGCGGCGGUUGUUCCGCACCUGCACCAUUUCUGAUGAAAACAUAUGAAUUGGUUGAGGAUCCAUCGUCCAACCAUAUUGUUUCAUGGGAUCCAAGUGGGCAUAGUUUCGUGGUUUGGGAUCCACCUAAGUUUUGUGCUGAUAUGCUUCCCAAAUACUUCAAGCACAACAAUUUUUCCAGCUUCAUCAGACAGCUCAAUACAUAUGGGUUCAGAAAGACUGAUCCAGAGCGGUGGGAAUUUGCAAAUGAAGAGUUUAUAAGAGGACAAACACAUCUCUUGAAGAACAUCCACCGGCGGAAACCGAUCCACAGCCACUCUGUUUCUCCGGUGACUGAUUCGGAAAGGCGGGGAUAUGAAGAAGAGAUUGAGAAACUGAGAAAUGAAAAUGCCUCUCUUCAAUCACAAGUAGAAAAGCAUGAAAAAGACAACCUCGAACACAAAUUCGAAUUUUGUUCCUUAGAGAAUCGGCUCAAGAACAUUGACAGAAGGCAGAGUCAACUCGUGGAACUCGUGGGUCAACUCGCUCAAAACCCCACAUUUGCAUCUUCUCUGCUUCACCACUUGGAUGAUCAUAACAAGAGGAGGAAAUUACUAUCACUUCGCUUUCCCAGUACUACUACCACCACCUCCACCAUUUCAUGUGAUGAAGAUCAAAACCACAGUUUCUUGAGUUCCCAGAAUGAUCUGGUUGCAGACUUGGAUUCCUCCAUAGAUUUUUGUGAGAAUCUCAUACAUGGAAUCAUCUGUGAUGGCAAUUCAAGUCAAGAUGGUUGUGGGACUCAUUCCCAGACAUCAUCACCUUCAAGUUUUGUCAUCAAUGUAGAAACAGAACAGCAGCCCAAGAAGAGUUCAAGGAUUGACAUGAACACAAGCCCAGCUGAAAGUAAUAGUAAUCGUGAAGUUGAUGGUAGCUCUUCAGCAUCUGUAGUGGCUAAUGGUGGGAAUGAUGUGUUCUGGCAGCAGUUCCUAACAGAGGCGCCCGGCCCCGGGGAAAGGUUUGAUCGGCCGGAGGUCGAAUCUGAAAAGAGGGAAGGUGGUGGUGGGGAGUAUACUCAUUUGAAAAUUUGAUUAUGUAGCUAGUAAAAUAUACGGGAGACCACGUUUCUCACGUCAAAUUUAUAUCACAAAUUAUGCUUUUGAGUAGAAAAUCUUUAAUAUGGAUAAAUUUAUUAGAUAUAAGACGAGAAAUUGAAAACAAGUG